AUGGCGUCGGUAACUUCGCUGGAUAAGGAUUUGCGCAACAUGCGACUGUCCCGCUAUACCCCGCAGGCAGCCGCGGAGGUACGCGACUGGAUCGAAAAUGUGUUGCGCGAGAAACUCCCAUCGUCCGAUCUACUGGAAGGAUUGAAAGAUGGUGUGGCGCUAUGCAAAUUGGUCAACAUGGCUGUGUCCCCCGGCGUCAAGUACAAGCAGUCGUCUAUGCCAUUCGUACAAAUGGAAAAUAUCUCGCACUUCCUCCGUGCCUGCCAAGUGGCACCGCUGAGCCUUCCUCCGCACGACGUCUUUCUUACUGUUGAUCUUUACGAGGCGAAGGAUCCUGCGCAAGUUCUCCAGUGCCUGGCUGCGUUCAGUCGGAGAGCAAAUACCCUGCAGCCAACCAAGUUCCCAUCUGCUGUCGGCCCACAAAGUAAACGGGGGGUUGUGAGCCCCAAUGCGACAGGCUCUUCAACUCCAGGAUCGUAUACUCGUACUGGCCGUGCCUUGAGCAAUGUCAGCGAUACAAACUCCGGCCGACCUGGAGUCCCUGCCAAACCAUCUGGAUCCUUUAGCUCUUGGAGUAAGAGGGACGAUCAGUCAAACACAUCACCAGCAUGGAAUAUUCACCAGUACGGCUACAUGGGCGGGGCCAGCCAAGGCAAUCAAGGCGUCGCAUUUGGUGCUCGGCGACAGAUUACGACCCCCGGUCCGGCUGUCCCUAGUCUUGCGGAGAAGGAGAAACGUAGAAAGGAAGAGGAGGAGAUCACUCGUCAACAGAACCUGGAGAGGGAACGGGCUCAUCGAGAAGUUGAAGAGCAGGAGGCCCGCGCCAAAGCUGACGAAGAACGAAGAUGGCAGGAGGAGACUGCUCGCCAGAGAGAGGAGGAACGUCAAAAAAUUGAGAACGAGAAACAACGAUGGGAUGAGGAAAAGCGUCGAUGGGAGGUAGAGGAGCAGCGCCGUCUUGCGGAGGAGAAGGCUGCCGAAGAGCGCCUAGAGGUUCAGCACGAAGAAGACCGCCAGCGUCGACGGAAGUCUAACGAUGCCCGUCUCAACGGUCAAUUCCUAAGCCAAUACCAGGCGGGUCAGACCACUGCUUCUCCGAGUGGAGCUACAUCAACGGACGAGACCGCUGAUAGUCGUCGCAUCAAGGAACUUGAGCGCGAGCUGGAAUUAGCCAAGGAGCGAGAACGCCAGUAUUCGACUGAGCGACAAGGGCCCCCACAAGAAGAAGAGGAUUCUCAAUCUCGCAGCCGCAACAGCGGACGCCCUGUGCCCGUGCCUCCUAAGCCGAGCUAUAGCCUUUCCUCUUUAGAACAAGAACGACGUCUCCUCCGUGGCGAAUGGCAGAAAACCCAGGAUGUACCAACAACAGAGGAGAAUGUUGAUGAUUUCGAAGAACAAGGUCCCCCACCUCCUCCUCGGCCUCUCCCACAACCCGGGUCACCCCAACAACAAGCACCAGCACUUCCCGCCAGAGCUCUUCCUCCUGCACCCCGUCCUCUUCCGGAUCCCGUAGCAUACACUGCUAAUCACGGUUCAAACCGUACCGACCGCUUUCUGAGCUCAAACCCAGCACCCGCAGCACCCACUCCUGCUUCUCACAGACCCCGAGACUACAGCACAACGAGUGAGGUCGACGCAGAGAACAGUCGUCGUGAAGCUUCCCAAGAGAAGACACGGGCAGGUGGCUGGGCUUCCAAGUCUUUGCUUGAGCGUGAAAUGGAGCGUGAACGUGAGCGCCAGCGCGAAUGGGAAGAGAAUCAGAAGCAGACCGAGGUUGCUGCUCGUGAUACUUCGCAUGGCUCAGGCCCAGGCCAGUCUUGGGAUGUUCACCAGUACGGCUACCUAGGUGGAGACAACCAGAAUCGUGGUGGUCAGGGACUUGGCAUUGGAGGUGCCAGGCGCCAGAUCAUUGGACCUCGGCCGCCUCCAUAA